AUGUAUCAUGCCAUUAAAGAAUGGGGUGGAACUCCUUUUGGCUUUAUUGAUGAUGUGACUAUUACCGUUGAAGGUAAAAUUGAAGAAAAUACCAAAAGCUUAAGCAACAUAUUAGAAAAAUGUUGUAAUUGGGCUAAAUCAAGAAUGACCAAAAUUGAUUUGGAUGAUAAAUUGGGUUUUAUUCAUUUUACAAAAAAUGUGAAACCUAAAGAUGAAAAAGUGCAACUUACUUUACCUAAUGGAGAACUUCGUGAACCCCAGAAGGAAGUUAAAUUGCUUGGAAUUACUUUGAACAAUCUGCUUGAUUUUAAAUCUCAUAUUUUGAAUAAAAUCAAUAAAGCAAGAAAAGCUGUUGGUGCUAUUUGGCAUCUUGGUGGCGUGCAAAAAGGUAUGCGGGGGUCUGCAGUUAGAUCACUGUAUAUUGCUUGCGUGAGACCGAUUGUCGAAUAUGGCUUAGAAAUUUGGCAUCAUAAAAUCUUGAAAGGAGAAAUCCACAAGUUGGAAGUGAUGCAGAAUAUGGCUUUAAGAAGAAUCGUUGGUGCUUAUCGCACGACUCCUAUUGCGGUAUUACAAAAGGAAGCUGGUAUUAUGCCAUAUAGUAUUAGGCUAAAAUUUAUGGUGGCACGAAAAGCUAUUCGUUUACACCUAAAUAUUAGCAAAACUAAUCCUAUUAAUGGUCAUUUGUUAACAUUGAUUGAGAAAUCUCCAAUUGCAAAGCUAACCACGCUUUACAUGUUGGCGAAAGAUGAUAGAGACUACCUGAAUAAAAAAGAUGAAAAACGAAAAUGCAAGAGGGUUAAACCUCUUACACUGAAACAACAACAAAAUCAGACGAUUAGAAUUUUGAAGAAACAAGCAAUGGAAUAA